AAAGUGGCGGGGAGGGGAGGAGCGGAGGUCGGCCUGUGCUUGCGCCUGCGCAGCGGGGACACGGCUCAUCCGGGUCUCUGCCAUUGAGAGUGUCGGUGCUGCGGGUCGGUAAGGAGGCGGGAAAUGGCGACUGGAGGAGCAGCGCAGGAGCGGAGAGAUUGUCCCUAAACACAGCGAGUCCGAGACGGCCACAGGCAGCAGGCAGCUCUCGCUGCGCCGAGUAGCAGCCAGGCACAGACAGCCACGUCGGGAACGACACACUCCGACACCUGGCAAUUUUACAUGUGACCAUUAGGAAGAUGAGGCUGAGAAUGCGCAAGGCUUCUCAGCAGUCGAAUCCCGUGCUCGCGCCGCGCACUUCCCGCACCAAGAGGAAGCACUCGGAGGUGGAGGUGGAGGACUGCACGCAGGUCGCGGGCGUGAAGCCGCAGAAGAACGAGACUGGCCUGCUCUCGUCGAUCAAGAAGUUCAUCCGAGGGAACGCUGCCAAGGUGGAGCAGGAGAACCCUGCGAAGAGGAGCCGUAUCGAGUGCGACCUGGACAAUAACUUGAUAUCAUCCACGCCGCAGACAGGAGACCUUCCCAGCAAGCCCAUCUCCCGGGUCCGACGGAAAAGUCCCGUGAACGGGGAUGCAACAAAUCACAACACGAGCAAGCCUGUGAAACCCAAUGGGAAGUUAGAGGAGCCCCCUGAUGCAGUUGGCAGCCCUCCACGGACAACUCUCCUGGGGACCAUCUUCUCUCCCGUCUUCAACUUCUUUUCACCAGCAAAUAAAAAUGGCACGUCCGGGUCCGACUCCCCUGGUCAGGCCGUUGAGGCCGAGGAGAUUGUCAAGCAGCUGGACAUGGAGCAGGUGGAGGAGAUCCCCACCAGCACUGCCACCUCCACCGAGGGCAUCCUGUACCCCAGCCCCGCGGCAGACAGCGGCUCUGAGGAGGGGGAGAUAGUGUCCGACACCGACCUGCCUCCCCUCACAGCCCCCGGGUCAACUCCAGACAGUGGUUAUUCUGAGGCCACCACAGCUCCCUCUGAAGGGACGUAUGAAGAAGAUUGGGAGGUGUUUGACCCAUAUUAUUUCAUCAAGCAUGUGCCACCUCUGACAGAUGAGCAGCUAAACCGCAAACCAGCUCUCCCUCUCAAGACCAGAAGCACACCCGAGUUCUCCUUAGUUCUGGACUUGGAUGAAACUUUGGUACAUUGUAGCUUGAAUGAGCUGGAAGAUGCAGCACUCACCUUCCCAGUCCUUUUUCAAGAUGUAAUAUACCAGGUGUACGUGCGGUUGAGGCCAUUCUUCAGAGAAUUCCUUGAGCGCAUGUCCCAGAUUUAUGAGAUAAUUCUCUUCACUGCCUCCAAGAAGGUUUAUGCAGAUAAACUGCUUAACAUCCUGGACCCCAAAAAGCAGUUGGUUAGGCACAGACUUUUUCGUGAACACUGUGUUUGUGUACAAGGAAAUUAUAUCAAAGACCUAAAUAUUCUCGGAAGGGAUCUGUCAAAGACUAUUAUAAUUGACAAUUCACCACAGGCCUUCGCAUACCAGCUUUCCAAUGGGAUUCCUAUAGAGAGCUGGUUCAUGGAUAAGAAUGACAAUGAGCUCCUGAAAUUGGUUCCUUUCCUGGAGAAGCUUGUUGAACUGAAUGAGGACGUGCGACCGCACAUCCGGGAGAGAUUUCGCCUGCACGACCUGCUGCCUCCAGACUGAACCCCAGCGUGGGGACAGAAAUGGCUGAAAGGAGAGGCAAAAAAAACAAAAAAACACACGGAAAUGAAAUGAAAAGACCUGCAAGAACCCUUGGGUUACAACUAAAACAUUGCCAUUACUGUUGAAAUUCUGCAUUUUCUUUUUUACCCCAUGUUGCUUUUAAAAACCGGAAAACAUCGAAGCCCAAGGUCUUUGAAGCAACUGAUCUCUGAUUAUAGAAUUUAUAAAUAUAUGAAUAUAUAUCCACACGAUGCAUACUGUAGGCAAGACCAGGAAGGAACCAUUGACAGGCUUUCUCGGAAUUUUUUUCCUCCGCUUCGCAUGGACUUGGUUUCCGAAGUAUUCCGUUUCGGCCAGCAGCAGCUUCAACCCGUAUUAAACUGAAGAUGUUGCAAAGAUGAAAAUUACUCGACUCUGGUGCUCCAAAUGGGACUGUAGCCACUUGCUCACGUCAGGCUUUCGUUUCAACAGGAAUGGCCAGUAAAUCUUUAGAUUUUUUUUUCCCCCCCUGGUUCAGGUUUUUAAAAGUUUUUACUUACUCUAGCCUAGAAUUUCAUUAUGCAUUCCUUUUUAGUUGAGGCGCUUCAUAGAUACUCUGGUAAUAGUCCAUUUUAAUAUUUUUCCCCAUAUGUAUUUUAAUGGCUGUUUUCCUGCUUUGUCUGCCUGCAUAUUGUAUAUUUGUUAAAAAAAAUCUAGAUUUAGUCUAAGUCGGUUCAUAAGACCUGAAUUUAUAUUGUUUCUGUAAAAAAUAUUUCACUGUAGUUUUUAAACUUCUGUACAAAUCAUGAUCAUGGACAGGGUGUUAUGAUCAAGAGUGGGAUAGGAGGGUGAAGAAUGGUUUAAACCACAGUGAUGACUUGCAGUCUACUGGGGCGGAAUAGGUAUAUCCUAGCCCUCUGCUUUUUCAGUGUGAAUGAAAUUGUGGCAUUUCUUUUAUCAGACUGACUGAGGCAGCACAUUUUGAUUUAUGUAUCUGUCAACAAACAUGAAAUCGUGCAUUGUACGAGCGCUGUGAGAUUUUUACACAUUUGUCCUUUUUUUUUGCAGUCUUCUGCUCCUUUAUCAUUUUUCGUCCUUGUGUGUUUUAUGUCAGUCACUGAAUUAUUUGUAUACACUCCCUGUUAUGGGCCAUUUGGCAAUGUUUGGUUUUAUCAAAUGUCUUGCAACUCAUUUGUCGUGUGGCAUACAGGACAUGAAGCCUCUACAGGCAAGGUAUUCAAUUUUAAUGUUCACCCCCACCCUUUUUUUAAAUUUGGAACCCAGAUGUUUCGGUGCAGCUAGAUCUUACGUUGUGCUCUGUGCAGAUACUGCCUAUUUGUAUGCUCUUCCAGUGCGUGGGUGACAGUCCCUUGGUUUUAUUGUGAGUUUACAGGAGCUAUGUUCUGCAUACAGCCAUUGCAAUUGGGGAGUGAAUGGAAAAAGUGGCAACCCAUACUGUUUUUAAAGCCUUUUGAAAUAAAGUAUUAAAAAUGUAGCACGGA